AAUUUCCUACUAAGCGCUUGAGGUACUAUACUAAUCGACUAUUAUCGAGUAUUAGGUACUUUAUGUAGUUUUAUUCAGCGCACUCACCAGAAUGGCAACAUAAUUAUUUUUCUUUCAUCAUCAUUAGUUAUUAAUUAUGUUUCUUGUGCUAAACACUUCCAUAAGCAAACAUAUCUUACACUAAAACUUCCAUUAUGAUAUGAAUAAAUAAUUUCGUUUAAAUUUAAAGCACCAAUCGCGCAUCUUAAAAACUCUCCUACUGACCUCCCAAAAAAACAGCCAGAAGAAACAUUAAUAAACGAUAAUUGAUUUUCACUUGCCAUUUUCUUCACUCGCACUUUUGGCGGAUACAUCGACGCCCUAAUGCGUCUCAUAACUCUCAACGGGUCCGCGCAGAUGUGCACUUUUGCAAACCAAACCUCAUCCCAUCAUUUCAAUUGUUGUGCAUAAAGAUCGCGACCAUUAGCCACCAUUAAACGACUUUGCAUGGCAUCCUUGUCACAUCCUCCCAUUCCCACAUCAAUUGAUUAUGCAUGAAAGGAUAAUUUCCCAAUACUUACCCCUAAACAUAUACCUCUGUACCAGGCGCCGCGUGCGUCACUCGUUGCUAUAGAUGUUGUUCUCACCACCCCACUCUGCUCUUACCAUCCGUGCAGGGGGUUGUGCACACCGCGUGUACCAAACAACAAACCCCCGCAGGGCCAAUAAGUAGGGUGAAUUGAACCGAUUGUUUUGCAGCGCGAAACGGCCCAACACGUUGCCCAACACGGUAGGGGGAGGAGUACAGGUGGCUCGAGAAUUGAGCCGCGAGGUGAAAACUCGCGGAAAUCAGCGUGAAAAUAACUUUAUCGUUGCUUCCCCCAACUUCGCUCCACUCCAAAGUGGCUGUCGAGAAUAACACCAUUUAGAGCCAUAAAACCAUAAGCCCAAUCGUCGCGACUGCACAGUUAUGAUCCGCCACCGGAACCGUACGCCACGACGAACCAUCGGCACUAGGGUGUGAGGGAGUGUGUGUGUGUGCGUGUUUGUGUUUUGUGAGUUUAGUAUGGUUGUGAAGUGCAGUCGAUUUUGGUGUUGAUUUUCGGGCGAGUUGUUGUUGAACCGAAAAUGCUUUGUUGAUAAACUUUGUGUACAACAAUCCGAUUGAGCUGGUUUCGGGCUUUGGGAAGUUGAAGGUUUUUCUUUCCAAUCGCCCCGUUUAUGUCCACUGCUGCUAAAGCACGCUCGAGACGACAUCCGAGACAACGGGACCAGUUUUGCUGCUGACAAUGUUGUGCCGUCGCAUGCGUUUGACCGAGCGCCAUCUUCAACCACCGAGGGAACCAAUGGAAGGACCGAUCGUACGGCCAUGUACAGCACGGAAACUGAUGAAUCUCGAUACUGCCACCAGCAACACCACAACCACCACCAACAUCGCCAACAGUUCCCCACACACAAUCAUCACCAUACCUACGGGAGAUGAUGCUGGCACAAACUGUGAGGGACAACCGUUUUCACCACGUGGGAGGAAAUCAACCGAAGGGCCCAAAACGCCUCUGAUGAUUGUUAAUUUGAACAUCCCGCCCGGUACGGAGACACUCGCACCGAAAAGCGCAUCCCGCUCGGAGCGUCACAAGCUGCCCCACUUCUGCAUGCAGUAUCGUAAUUUCGGAAGAUACUGUUCGGCACCACCGGGAUGUACCGGGCCCGGGUCCGGAGUUCCAACCGUCGUCGGUACGGCAGGCGGUCCUGGCAGUGGUCUCAUUCCGCAGAUAUUCAUCCAGAGCUUCGAGCUACAGGAUCGCCGAGCGGUGGACGGUCCAGGUGGAUCGGCCGAGCACGAUCAACAGCAGGGAAGCCAGUACAACAUCAUUACCGAAAACGAUGAGGAUACGUUUGCGACGCUACUGUUGGAUAACAUUUCCAACAUUUCGCUGGAGAUGAUACAGCGUCAUCAGCAGAAGUUGCUCGGUACAACGGCUUCCUCCAUUACGGAGAGUCCGCUCGUCACGGGUGCUACGGGUGGUAGUGCGACCUGUUUCCAGCACGUCGAAGGUUGCAGCAGCAUGGAGCGAACGGAGAGCAAAACAUCCACCGAUGCUUUACUGCCCAUGGACGGGCGGAUGGAUUCGCAUGAGGAGCGUGAGCGGCAACCUAGCAGGGGACAGUCAGCAUCGGGUCCUUCGGUUGACCGAUUAGCGGUAACGCCGGAGGGCCAAGAUGAUCAGAACCCCGACAUUCCAGCAGGUUAUAGAUCGUUGUGCUACCGAACACCAAGUCCCAAAACGCGUCAAAUCAUUCGAGUGGACAUUGUUACCAGCAGGGAAAAGUAUUGAAAGCUUCCUUUACAGUGGGUUAAAUCGUUGGUAAUUGCUUUAAUCGUUGCAAGAUGCGAAUAAUAAAUAAACCUCGUUUAGACGUAUAAUGAUUCUUUUCUUUUGUUUUUUGGUUAAAUGUUCCACCCAAUAUCGUCUCGAAAACCCUCUCAACGAUGUGCUAUUCUGAGACCUUCUCGGAAAGCAAGCAUCUUUUAGAAAGUUCCACAAAAUAAUCGUUCCACUCCAGGUGAAAGCAACAUCUCGCACGAAUCCCAUUCCUCAUCGGAACAGCUGAACAGAAAAUUGCGGAUCCUACACAUCCACAGACAGCUGUUUGGGGCUCGUGCUGUUGUACACCAAACUGAAGGACAAACAACAACAAAAACUAGCUGGAAACAAAACCCUAUCCACCAUGGCUAAUUAGUUGCUGCCAUCCCAUCUCACCGCAGCGCAUCAGAACCACACAAGCGAAAGCACUCGGUUCGGAUUCUUCAAUUUGCUUCCGCGGCCCCAAAAACUGCAUUCAAAAUGUGCUUCUAAUAUGAGCUACAAAUUAACUAACGCGCGCACACGGCUAUAAACUGCCAUGCCUGCUGCACUACAUUGUCGCAAAUGAUGCCGUUCCGAUUGGGAACGCCGGCAGCGGCGUCGGUGUGUCGUAAAAUGAUUUUAAUAGCGGAAACAUUAACCGAUAACGGGGGCCCCUCUUGUGCAUGUGGAAAGUGGAAAAGCGAUCAGUCUGAUCGUUUUAUGAUGUUUUUUUGUUUUGUUUGAUGUGCAUUCCUUUGCUAACAAUGAGUAGAUCAUUUGUGUUGAAAGUUGUAUUCAAAUAUGUCUUUGUUAUUCGACUCUAAUAAAACAAAAUAACAGCAUGGCGUAUUAUAAAAUUAUUCGGGAUUUUUACGAAUAAGCAAUGUGAAUAAGCUCAACAAUCCAGUCGAAAUAAUCUUUUACAGCUUCAUUUCGUGAUACACGCUUCAGUCGCAACAUUUAAGGUUAGGCUCUCAGUAUGUACGGUGUGUUCUUACACCCCAAUACAAAUCGUCCCGAAAAAGGUCAAUCAACUUUCCAAGAACUUCCUUUUUUUAUUAUAUACACAAAAGCGAAACAAACGGUGCAUUUUUCGACCUGCCCAUAUUACCUUUUUUGUGGUUCCCUUCAAAAUUUCUUUUCCCAAUCAAAAUUCGCCACAAUCUUCAUUCAACAUUCGCAUGCAAUUUUUUUUUACAGAACCAUUGCAAAAAAGCCCCUUAAUCUCUAUACUGAGAAUAUAGCGAACAAUAUAGAAAACACGCGAACGUAACCAAAAGCAGUGUCCAUUUAAUCCGCGGCGCAGAUAGAAAUAACGUUUGAUUGGGAGUAGAGGGUCCCAACAACAACAACAAAAAAAGCCCAUACAUGCCAUACAGCAUCCCAAAAUCAUAGGGCUCAAUAUUAUUCCCUUUUCCCCUUUACACUGAUUUGAUUUGCCCCACGUUUUCCGUUUACCGGGCGUUUUUUGAGUUUUAGUUUUUUAUUUCCUCUUGCUGUUUUUUUUUUUGUUUUUAAAAUCUAUAACCCAACACACCGCAAGCGAGGGAGAAAAAUCUCCUCCGGUGCUGUAUUUAUGAGUCCUAAUGAUACGGGACCCGAAAAGAUGAUGCGCCAUUACACACUCCAAUCGAGGGAUAUCGAUGAGCUAUCGCUGUACGGUGAUAAUUAAAAUAAUAUAUUACCCAAACAGCCGCUCAAAGACACAGACACACACGUGUGUGUGCACGUCGCCAGUCAGU